AGUUUUGCUCAGAGAAUUCCUUUCACAUUUUUAUAUAACUAUUUGUAACCUAGGGCUAAACCCUAUACUACAACCUACACCUUUCUUUCCUUUCAUUAUUCUUUUUCAUUAUUAACACAAAAACUUAUCUUUGAUUGGUUAAGUCCUUGAGAUUGAUCAAUAGUAUUAACUAGAGAAAGAAGAAAGGAGAUAGAUCAUAAUGGGGCAUCACUCUUGCUGCAACAAACAGAAGGUGAAAAGAGGAUUAUGGUCACCUGAAGAAGAUGAAAAACUCAUCAACUACAUCACAAAUUAUGGACAUGGUUGUUGGAGCUCUGUCCCUAAACUUGCAGGGCUACAAAGGUGUGGAAAGAGUUGCAGAUUGAGAUGGAUUAACUAUCUAAGACCAGAUUUGAAACGUGGAAGUUUUUCACCACAAGAAGCUGCUCUCAUUAUUGAACUUCAUACUAUUCUAGGCAACAGGUGGGCUCAGAUAGCAAAGCAUUUACCAGGAAGAACAGAUAAUGAAGUGAAGAACUUUUGGAAUUCAAGCAUAAAAAAGAAACUACUUUCACAUGAUCUUGUUCCUUCUUUAACCACAUUUUCUGAUCAUAUUCAUUGUCCUACAAAUGUUCCUAUGGAAAGUUUCUUCCCUUUAUUUAAUGACAAUCCUACCCUUAACAACUUAGAUCAUCACUUAUACCUUCCUAUCAAUAUCCCAUCUCCAAUCCUACAAGAUCAAGUUGAUAUCAAGAAUAUUAUUGAUAUUAACAAUUUCAAUGCAAAUUUCUUACAUGUUCAUCAAAAUAAUCCAAUAUUACCAGAAAUUACAAUACCAUUAUCCAAUAAUAUUGUUCCACCUUCUUAUGAUCAAUUAGAUACAUGGUCAUUAUUUCAUCAUCUCAAUCCAAAUAUUCAAGAAAAUCAUCAAAUUAUUGCCACAAAAAGUGAAGCUUCCACACAAAAUUUCAAUAUUGUUGAUGAUAAUUUUAUCAAUCCAAUUCCAAAUACUUGGCAUCAUUUGAUGGAACUUGAGCCUAUUGUGCCAAAAGUGUGUGAAACUAUAAAGAAUGAUUAUGUUUGUAGCAUUCCAUUUUCUUUUUCUGAUUCUUCACAAGAACAUGAUCAUCAUCAAGUUGUCAAUCAAAAUGAUGAGUGUUAUACAGAUCAACAACAGAGUAUAAUUUGUCCACAAGAUCAUCAUCAAAUUGUGGCAGCAUCAAAUAAUGAUCAAGUGGAGUAUAUUGAUUCUCUCAUCAUGUCAUCAUUGCCAUCUUCAACAACAACAUCUUCAUCAUCACCAUUAUCAUUCUAUCAACCACAAGACAAAAUUCUCACAAAACCAAUCCUUCCUUCAAGUAAUUGAGAGUCAUCGUCUAUGUUUAGUAUCACAGCGGAUAUGUCAGAUUCACUGUGAUCCACCGUGAUUUUUCAAAAGCUACACUGCGUAGCUUCAACUUGGAUGAUUAAUUUGCUACUAUAUUUUUAUAAUAUUUUAAUUUUAAUAGGACAUUUUCAUGUGUAUAUAUUAAUUUUAUUUUAU